CGAGAAUGAAAUAUCCUUUUGACGUGGCGACAAUUUAUUGGCUACAUCGCUGAUGUGGCACUUUCUCUUAUCUUGCAUUAGCUCGAAAUGACGUUAGAACGUUGCUCGCUUCAUUGCUUGCCUUGUCCGAGAUUUCAAGGGAAAAUCUGACAAAACGCACUCCAACAAUGGCAGCAGCUGCUUCCAUGACUGCUACUUCACUAACGCUUGCAUUACUUCCGCCCCAAGGGCUUCGCGGAUCCACUCGUAGCUUGCCAUCCACAAAACCCCAGAGAUGGUUUUCGAGGAAGGCUGGUUCUAAUUGGGUUACUGCCAAGUUCGAGCUCAAGCCUCCUCCAUAUCCUAUGAAUGCAUUGGAACCACAUAUGAGUCAGGAAACAUUUACAUAUCAUUGGGGAAAGCACCAUAGAGCUUAUGUGGACAACCUAAACAAGCAAAUUGUAGGAACAGAGCUAGAAGGAUUAUCCUUGGAAGAGAUAAUUAUUGUUUCAUAUAACAAGGGCGAUAUACUCCCUGCAUUCAACAAUGCUGCACAGGCUUGGAACCAUGAGUUCUUCUGGGAAUCAAUGAAACCAGGUGGUGGAGGAAAACCAUCUGGAGAUCUUCUAGAUCUGAUUGAGAGAGAUUUUGGUUCUUUUGAACGAUUUAUUGAAGAGUUCAAGUCUGCUGCAGCUACGCAGUUUGGUUCUGGCUGGGCUUGGCUUGCAUACAAAGCAAAUAGGCUUAAUGUGGACAAUGCAGUAAACCCUUGGCCAUCAGAGAAGGACAAAAAGCUUGUAGUUGUGAAAAGUCCAAAUGCUGUGAAUCCACUUAUUUGGGACUACUUUCCACUCCUCACUAUUGAUGUCUGGGAGCAUGCUUAUUACCUUGAUUUUCAGAAUCGACGUCCAGAUUACAUAUCAAUUUUCAUGGAGAAACUUGUAUCUUGGGAAGCAGUUAGUGCUAGACUUGAAAAAGCAAAGGCUCAAGUUGCAGAGAGAGAAAUGGAGGAAGAGAGGAGGAAAAAAGAGGAAGAAGAGGAGGAUGAUGAAGAUGUAGAGAUGUAUGUAGAUAGCAACACUGAUGAUUCAGAGGCUGAAUGAAUUCAGAUUAACAUACUAUGACGGUAUUAGAACAUCAUGUGAUUAUAUCUUCAUUGUAUCUUCAAAAGUGAGUUAGAGGUUAGUUUGCCGGCAAAGAGAGAUCCUUUUGUUCUUUUCAUAUUCCUUGGGAAGAGCUGUAAAAGUUACAGCAUAUCGUUCCAGUGAGUCUGAGAGGACAAAAAAUGCUAAGCAUGCUCUGAUUGUCUAUACAAUAACCGAAUAAUUAGUUACAUUGAAGGAUACUAGCAUGUUGUGAACGAUUGCUCCACAUGCUAUUAUCUUAUUAGAGACGUCCUCAAGGAGAAAAGACCUUGAAGAUCUGAAACCAUUAGAUUUCCAGUCGUAGGGGGUCCGAAAACAUCCCAAAAGCGAAGAGUCUCAUCUGCCCCAGCUGAUGUUACUGUUACUCCAUCAGGGCUCUACAACACACAAAUACAGGAAACUUCAGAUUUUCAUAUAUUUUGUGAAUGCUAUACUGGGUUCUGAACUUAAAGUUUGAAUAAUUAAACCUGGCAUAGGUUGAUGAUUCUGGAUCUGUGAUUCCCCAACUCCGCCACCUUGGUCAUGGAAGGGUACCUCCACAGGCAUAGUUUGUUUUGAUUCUCUGUUGUGCUGUAGCCAUGGCCACUCAAUAUCUCCUUAUGAUGUCUGUUCCACUCCAGCCCACUAAUCUGCUUAUUUAGAUCAAAUUACUAAUAGCAAUAGAUAAACCAAAGAAACCAAAUCAUUGGUAGAUAUAUAAUUGGAAAAUGGAAUGAUGAGAAAUUUAUGCG